AUGGUCAUUCAUUCCAUUGGAAAAUCAAGGCACGGUACUCCUCAACGUCAUUUCUGGUCUCGAUUUGUAUAUUCACAAAAGAGACUUUUAGAUCAGAGUCAAGGAUUGGGAGUCAAAUCCACUCUCAAACCCAUGGAUCUUGAAAAACAAUUUACGACUCUCACUCAUCUUCUCUAUGAUACCAAAGUGAAGGAAAAGGAUUUAGAAGAACAUGUCUAUGAGGUCAUUCAUGAAAACAUUACUUUCACAGAUCCAUGGCAAACCAUAACUGGAAAACAACCUUUCAUUACUCAAUUGAAAGGAUUUCAUGCAGCCAUCUUUUUCGAUUUUAAGAUUGAACAAAUCUCUGUGCAAAUGUAUGAGAAUGAACAAGGUGGAAGAGUUCUCAUUGAUGGUUGGAUGAAUUUGAAUCAAUUAAGAUGGGUGACUGGAAUCUAUCCAUUACGAACCAUUCUUGUCUAUGAUUUUGUCAUGACUGGAGAUGGUUCAAAAUUCUUCAUUACAGACCUCGAAGAAAUGUGGAGUUUGGCUGACAUGAUUGAACAAGCACCCAUCAUGGGUUGGUUCUAUCACUUGUUUCGAUAUGGUGCUGGAAUGUUCUUUACUCUCUUCUUUUUGGUUUGUACCAUUGUGGUUGGAUGUUAUCAUUUAGUCAUUGAUCGUAGUGGUGGUGUGAGUGGUGGUACUUUGAGUGGUGGCGUGAGUGGUAUUUGUGAAUAUAUUCAUCAGCAAUGGACGAAUGCAUGUUCCAUUGGUAGUGAAUGGAUACACAAACUGUUGCAACCAUCCACUCCACUUGUUGGUUCUUCUUUGAUUUCUUCUUCUUUAAGAAGUGUUACCACUUGCAGCAAUGAAAGUCAUACCACCACCACCACCACUGGAGGUACCACUACCACCAAACCCUAA